AUGGCCCUUCCCAACAUUUCUUCCCCCAUCAACAAACCCCCCCUUCCUAUAAUACUACCCAACAAGAAUAGUAGAGAGAAAGAAAAAAGUAUUUCUACACAAAAAAAUAAGAUGAGUUCCAAAGGCCAUGUAAAUAUUAGUGUCACAACAAUUCCAUCACCAAGAGGUGGCAAAGAAGAUGUGGGUGGCGGCAAUAGUGGUGGUGGUGGCGGCGGCAAUGGUGGGUCGACCAACUCUCCGAGAGGACAACUGUGUUUGUGUUCACCAACGACACAUCAAGGAUCUUUCAGAUGCAAGUUUCAUCGACAAGGGUCUACAACUAGUGGAUGGUUCAGUAGGUCCAAAUCCAUGCCACCGGCUCGAAAUGAUAAUACCAACAAUGCCUCCAAUUUCUCUCCUAAAUCAGUCGAAUCUACAUAA